AUGAGCGGAUACUUCGGUAGCAUCACCCUGCCCCCGACGUUGCUGCACGAUCCGAAGUAUCCUCCAGCCAUGCGGGAGAAGGAUUCGAGUCCGAGAAAGAUGCCGGGCCAUAUAAGCCCAAAGCAAGCCAGCAUUUAUCCCCUGAGCGUUCGUGUACCGGACGUUGAGGAGCUGCCAUACGAUCUCAGUCACGGUCACGGCCGCGGUCUGUCGAGCCCGACGAAUCAGCAACAGCAUCAGCCGCACAUGAGUCCCGCAGCCAGACCGCCCCAGCCUCAUCAUCAGGAUGAGCUUGACUGCGAGCCGCUCGAUCUCCGUGUCGAUCAUAAGAAGGAGCGACUCAGGGAUGAGAAUCAGAAUGAGAUCGAAGUUUUGAAUCAGAAUAGUCUGGGUGGUGGUUUACCUUAUCACACGGUGCUCUUCCCUCAACAUCAUGCGAUGCACCCGCUGGUUCUGGAAGCGAUGUACAGGUCACAUCAUCAUAGCUCGCCGGUGCCCGAGCUGCCAAAGAUCCAAGUUAGAGCGCUUCCCACAAUGGUACCUUUGCCACCUAACAGAUUCUCCUCGACUUCAUCAUCCACAUCCUCUUCGUCUUCGUCGCAACCGACCGCGAGAGCUGUCAGUCCGGUCAUCGGUCAACAAUCCCAGCAUCAACAGAAUCAUUCCUCGCAACAGCAACAACAGCAGCAACAGCAACAGCCCCAACAACAAAGCUCAAGUCUGCCGCCUUAUUCGAUCAGCGUGCAAGCCGGUCUCAAGCCCAAGGACAGAUAUUCCUGCAAAUUCUGCGGCAAGGUCUUUCCUAGAUCGGCGAACCUGACGAGACAUCUGAGGACGCACACCGGCGAGCAGCCAUACAAAUGCAAGUACUGCGAAAGGAGCUUCAGCAUCUCCAGUAAUCUUCAGCGUCACGUCAGAAAUAUCCAUAACAAGGAAAAACCAUUCAAGUGUCCGCUCUGUGAGAGAUGCUUCGGCCAACAAACCAAUCUGGAUCGUCAUCUAAAGAAGCAUGACGCAGAUGGACCGACGAUCCUGGAUGAAGUUAGAUCGAGGUAUCACGGUCAAAUGCCACGGGCUGACGAUUCCUAUUUCGAGGAGAUCCGCAGUUUUAUGGGAAAGAUCACCUCGCAAAGACAGGGUAUACCAUAUUUCCCUAGUCUACUGGGUCACUCAACAGAUGACUUUAGAAAUGAUAAACAGCAACUACAGCUGGAGGAAAAACGAGGCGACUCUUCAUAUUUCAGUGACCGGGACAAUCUUAGUUCAAGGUCAAGCAGUACGGCCAGCAGGCCGGAGAGCGUCCAAGAAGAACAAAGGGAAGUCAAUUCGCCGCCACUCUCUCCCGGCAAUAACACCUGA